AUGAGAUUGGUUUGUGAGAAGAAAGAGGAAGAGCUUCAAGAGAGAGAGAAAAAAGUUGAGUUGCUUUCUAAGUUGAUCGAUGAGAAGUCGUGUGAGUUAGACAGGAGAGUGAAAGAUUUUGAUCUGAAGGAAAAAGUAUCGAUUGAGAGAAGGAGCAAAGAAGCUGAGGCUGUGGCAAUAUCACUUAAGGAACUCGAAGCGAAGGAGAAGGAAAUUAGCUUACUUGAUGAAGCUGUGAAAGAGAAAUUGGCUGAAUUGGAGAAGAAAAAAGAAAACUUUGAAGCUGAACUGAAAGAAAAAGCUGAGCAGAUUGAGGAGAAGAGCAAGUUUCUUGAGUUAAAGGAGAAGAAGCUUGAAGAAAAGCAGAGAGAGUUUCAAGAACCAUUAAAACAAGCUGAGGCUUGUAAGAGAUCAAGGGUUAAAAUGUUGGCAGAAAAGUGUGGUGAAGUUGAUUCUCUUCUCCCUCCUCCAAAAAAGCAAAAAUCACACUACCAUGAUGAUGAAGACGAAGGAGAAGAUCUAGCUUGUGUAGUUUCAGCUUCUGCAUCUUCGUCUGAACAUUUGAACGAAGCGCAAGAAGGAGAGAUUGAUGAAGUUAUCUCCAUAGCUGACUCAGAUGACACAGAUGAAGAAGAUCCUGAGCCAUUAAGUUGUCUUGACUCAGAGUUUCAUGAUUUUGAAAAAACAUUGAGCUCUUUCGUGGUUGGUAAAGUGUGGGCUCUCUAUGAUCCUAUUGAUGAGAUGCCUCGAUUGUAUGGUCGGAUCAAGAGAAUUAAUAAGUCGCAGUUGAGUGUUCAAGUUACAUGGCUUGACCCUAAAGAUGAGGAAUCAGUUCUUGUUGCUUGCGGGAGGUUCGAGCAUGGGCUUACAGAAACCAUGCAAAGCUACUUGACGUUGUCUCAUGAGGUGCAUCCAAUCAUAUAUGGCAGAAACUUCAUCGCUGUGAAUCCGAGAGAAGGCGAAACAUGGGCACUUUUCAGAGAUUGGAGCAAAAGCAGGAACAACAAUCCGGAACAGCACAAGCCUCCUUAUAGGUACGACCUUGUGGAAGUAAUCAGCUUCGACGAUCAUCUAGGAUUUGGAGUGGCCUAUUUAGGGAAGGUUGAAGGAUUUGUAUCGGUCUUUAAGCACGAUGUGCAGGAUGGAGUCGUCUCUUUCUUGAUCUCACCAGAGGAAAUACAUAGAUUCUCUCACAGAGUGCCUUCUUUUAGACUGAAUGGAGAGGAGAAAGAGGGAGUUCCCGCUGGUUCUUUCGAGCUUGACCCUGCUGCUGUCCCGAGUUCUAUACUCAAGCUUGAUCACUCUGUCCACGAGGAAGCAGAAGAAGCGGAAAGACAAAGCAAGGAAUGUGGUAAAGCUGGUGAGGUUGAAGAUCAAGAUGGGUCUAGAAAAGAUAUUCCCAUUAUUAUCUUAGAUUAA